UGCCAAGAGAGACUGUGUGAAGAAGGAAGGAGUUGCCUGAGCAGAAGGAGUGUAUUCUCAGGAGAAAGGGCUCUGUCCACCACACCACGCAUAAGACCACCAGGAAGAUCCCCACUGCAAACCAAUCCAACCUUUCAGGGAGAUAGCAGGCCUCCUCAUCUCAUCAUCAUGAACUGGUGGUGCAUGAUCAUCUCUGGGCUUAUCGUAGUGGUGCUUAAAAUUGUCGGAGUGACCUUAUUUCUGCUUUAUUUCCCACAGAUUUUUGGCAAAUGUAAUGACAGCUGCAGUCCCACAGAGAGCUAUGGAACAGUCCCACAGAUUUUCGGGAAUGGUAAUGACAGCUUCAGUCCCACAGAGAGCUAUGGAACAGUCUGCCCCAGCAGGUGGGAUUUUCAUCAAGGAAGAUGCUUUUUCUUUUCCACCUCUGAAAUGUCUUGGAACAAAAGCAGGGACCUGUGUGAAGCACAAGGAUCGACUCUGGCCAUUGUCAACACCCCCGAGAAACUGAAGUUCCUCCAGGUCAUAGCUGGAGCUGAGAAGUAUUUUAUUGGCUUACUAUACCAGCAGGCAACAAAGAGGUGGCAUUGGAUCAACAACUCCGUUUUCAACGGCAAUAUUACCAAUCAGAUUCAGGAUUUCAACUGUGUGACCAUAGGCCUAACAAACACAUUCGAUGCUGCAUCAUGUGACACUUUGUACCGCUAUAUCUGUGAAAAGCGUGCCAAAUGA